AUGUCUUCGCUAGAUCCGCCGACGUACCUCACCUCGAUCCAGAACAACAUCCGCGCGCGGCCCAUAUCAUGGGAAGGAGCUGUGCGAGCUAAGACCAUCACCGACGAAGACCUCAAGAAGAUUAAAUCAAUCGAUAAAGUGCGCAAGGAACAGAGGAAACAGACCAUCGAGUCUGAUGUGGAUAGCUUCGUGACGCUGUUAGUGGGCGGAAAUGGAUCGCAGAGCAUCUUUGAGGCAGCUGCAAAGCGCCAAGACAUCAUUCACUACAUGCUGGUCUUGUUGGGAGACAUGAUUGAUGUUCCAGACAUACCUGCACUCACAUCGGCUCUCGUCCAACACCCAGCGCCCUACAAGCCUUUCCUGCCGCUCUUGAAGGCUUCAUCUAACAACGAAGACCCCGUACCGCUUCUGACGUCUUCCGUUCUGUCCGGCCUUCUAUCGCAGGCUGUCAAGACGUCUUCCAAGAACACACCCCAGCUUGAUGAGGCCUUAGCACAGCUCUUCACCUACCUCUCGACACUCGCAAAGGCAUCCGACGCCGGUCUGCAGGAUAUCGCUGUACGGGAAUAUUCUGCCGUACUUCGCAGCACCAAAUCAAGGUGCAUAUUCUGGAAGCAGAGGAAGGAGACACUUAGCCCUCUGUUUGAUAUUCUGCGGGCUGCAGCUGGGUCUGCCAAGGAUACAGACUCAACCCUGUAUAGUGGCGGUGCUAGUAUCCGUACAACAGAUGGUGGCAUCUCUGGUGGUGUCGGUCUCCAGCUUCUGUACCACGUCUUGCUCGUCAUCUGGCAGCUUAGCUUUGAGGGCGAGCUCGUAGGCGAAGGACUUCAGGAGGAGCACGAUAUCGUCAUUCUCUACACGCAACUCCUCAAGGUCUCGCCUAAGGAGAAGACCACUCGUCUUCUUCUUUCCACUCUCCUCAACCUUUUGACUACCAACCGCCAGACUCUUCUUCCAACAGCCGUGCUUGCUCGCCUACCCUCUCUUCUCUCAAGCCUAAAGUCACGACAUCUAACCGACGAAGAUGCGCUCGAAGAUCUACAGGCCUUGAACGAGCUCCUCGAGGAGUACACCAAGACACAGACUACCUUUGAUGAGUACGCUGCCGAGCUACAGUCGGGUCACCUUCGUUGGUCGCCACCGCAUCGCAACCCUACCUUCUGGCGAGACAAUGCGCGUCGCAUCUUAGAAGAGGACAAGGGCGCACUACCCCGAAAACUUGCGGAGAUUCUAUCUAAGAGCUGGGAAAACGAUAAGCAGGUAUUGGCUAUUGGGUGCAACGAUGUCGCGUGCUUGGUCAAGGAGGUGCCAGAGAAGCGACAACAACUUGAAAAGCUGGGUCUGAAGGGCAGGGUUAUGGAGCUGAUGCAGGAGGCAGAUGAGAGCGUACGGUGGGAGAGCUUGAGGGCAGUUGGCGAGUGGCUGCGGUACAGCUUCGAAUCGAAGACCGAGCUUCCAGUCAGGUAA